AUGACCACUAGAGAUGAGGCGAGAGUCGUCCAUGUGUUUGUGGAGGACCAAUCGGUGGUGCUUGCCGAUGACGUGCACGAUUGGCUGAAAAUCAUCGAUGACAUUGAAGAAAUGAAGAUGCAGUACGAUACGGCGCAGCAACGGUCGUUCUACUGGGUUCGUUUCAAGCACGCCCCAGCCGCGCAGCAAGCGGUGAACUACCUUGAUGGUGAACGGCUGAAAAAUCAAGUGAUUCACAUCCGCUCGACCGUAUACACCAAAAGAACAGCAAGCGAUGCAGACGCCGAGGAGAACUCCGCGCCAGAUGCCCCUGAGAAGGGAGAAACGCUCGUGGCGAAUCCUCUCCUUCCACUGAAUCACCAAAUGCCAUCUGACCUACAGGUUGAUGUGGCACUGGUGGACUGCAUACCUGAGCUGGUGUCUGCGGAUGGUGAUGGCAGUGAGGCUGCUGAACUCGCCCAGAGGUUACGAGAGUUUCAAGAAACCUAUUGUCGUGUGCAGGAGGCGCUCCUGGCAACAGAGGAAAAGCUUCAUAAAGCUGACGAAGAGGUGGUGGUGUUGCUUCGAGGAAAUGGAAAUGUGUCCAACGACACAGAAGAGAGCAGCUGCCGUGGUGGUGAUAGUGGCGAAACGAAGCGCGAGGUCACUAAGCGAGGCAAGCGAAUCCGCAACGCUGCACGAAUACCCUUGGAUUUUUUCGACCCGGCGGGCUUGGUGUCGAAACUCACGAGGUAUGUGGGGCCAGUCACGGAUUACUGCUUCAAUGUGUCCGCCGACGGAAAUUCCUUCCAUGCCAUUGUGGAGUUUUACCACGAAAACGACGCUGCUCUUGCUUUGAGCCUCCUGACGGGGCAUACUGAGCAGACGAGUAACAGAAUGAAGCGCACUCGAGGGCAGACGAAUGCCGAAGAAGCAUUGUCACCUUUGGCCGCGUUUGGUUGGGGCGAAGACGCAUCGAUUGACCAAUUGCGCCCAUACGACCCCUCUGUGAUUCUGCACGCGGCGCACCACAAGGCCAUGGAUAUGCUUCUGUCAUGCAUGGGGAUGAAAUGA